AGAGGCCACGCCUGCGCAGAGCCCUCCUGGCGCUCUCCGUGGUCCUCCAGAGGACUGCAGUUUCCGACUCUGAUUUUAUUUUAAAUUAUACAUCCGCUGAUGACUGAUAACAUUAACAUAAGCCAGAGCCAUAGCACGACUGCGCUUUCCCCAGGGGCCUCUGCUGGAAUGCAUGCUCUGAGACAGAGGGACUUGAAAUGAGAAACGUUAAUCCACUGGGAGCAUGUUGAGAACCUAUAAAAUGUUAAGUGAUGAUACCAUUACUUAAUAACGGUGAAACUAGCAUUAAGGUCCUAAUAGAAGCUGGUCUCUUCAUAGUACUUACAUUUGCAGUAGAGUUAAAUUUCUGACCCUGGGUGACAGCCUAUUAAAGGGCAGAGCUGGAGCUUCACCUCACUUUUCUAAGGGAUACCUAUGUCAUUAUUCCACACGGUGUCCCUGGGAAAUACCAGUAGGUGUACUGUUUUUUUCAAAAUGACAUUAGGUUUAUCUAUAGUAGUUUGCAUGAGCUCUGAGAUUGAGUUCUCAGAGCCUCUGUUGCUUUUCUUUGAAAUGAGAGCUAGAAAAUGAAUACUGCUAUGGUGAUGACCAACAGAGACAAUAAACGUAAGGUGCUAAGUGCUGGACUGAGCAUGUGACUAGCAGUAAAUAAUAGUACUUUCUUGGCCAUUUUCUCUCCAGUUUUUAACCUGCAACAUGUGUCCCUUGCCUUUAGAGAGUGGCCAGUGCCAUGUAGCUUAUAAGUGGAAAGUGAUAUUCUUAAAUUGAUAUAAUCCAAAGCCCUGUGUCUUAUUAGUUUUCUUUGCUUAUUAGAGAAGCUUCUAAGACCUCUGGAGAUUGCACACCCAUUGGCAUAGCCUCACUGGGAAAGGCUAUGAUUACAGCCCAGGGUAUAACAUGGGCCUCCAAGAGCAAUGCCCAUGUGGCCCUGCUGUCCUGGGAGGGAAAGCUGUUUUUCCUCCUCUCCUUUGACCUGUGCCCGUGUAGGAAAUAAAGGUACAGCUGUUGUGGGGUCAUUUCCAGCUGGAGGAAUCGAGAAUUGCAAAGUAGAUGUAGUGUCUCAUGUUUUCCUUUCCUUCUCCAGCUCUGCCUUCUCGAACUUCUACCCCUUUUGGAGAGGACUGGCAAGAGAAAAAGGGACUAGGUCCAAACGCUAGGUGGCUGAGUCCAGGUCCCUGGCAUUUUGACUCUGUUCCUGUGCAUAGUGGCUUGUUCUGAAGUUUCAGAAAGGAUCCUGUUCCCAAACAGGUCCCCGAGUACUGACUGUCACAGGCUGCUGCAUCUUUCCUGUUGACUCAUUUUGGUUGCUCCACUGAAAAUUUUACUUAGAGAAAUGCUGCCUCCAAAGUGCUUUUACGACAGCAGACCCAAGAAGUCUUGGGCCCCAGAUCUGUAUGAGCUAGACAGUGACUUGACUCAGGACCCGGAUGCCAUUGACUCUGAAUUCUUUCAUCAGAAGUUUCGGAAUUACCUCUACGUGGAAUUUGUUGGGCCUCGGAAGACCCUGAUCAAACUCCGAAACCUCUGCCUUGACUGGUUGCAGCCGGAGACUCACACCAAGGAGGAGAUUGUUGAGCUCUUGGUCCUUGAGCAGUACCUGACCAUCCUCCCAGAAAGGGUCAAGCCUUGGGUGCAAGCCAGAAGGCCACAGACCUGUGAGAAGCUUGUUGCUCUGCUGGAAACUUACAAGGAGAUGUAUGAGCCAGAAGACAACUGCAGUGACAUCCAGAGCGAAGACAGCAUGAGCCGGAUGGGGGCAGAGUCCCCCCCGCCACACGCCGCCUAUUUCUACAGAGACCGGGACCGGGACCGGGACUGGGACCAGGACUGGGAACGAGACCGAGACCGGGAUUGGGGUCAUGACCGAGACUGGGACCAGGACUGGGACCGGGAUCGAGACCGAGCCUGGGAGCGAGCCUGGGAUCGAGCCUGGGACCGAGCCUGGGACUGGGGCCGGGCCUGGGAGCGAGCCCGGAUGCAGGAGCGUGAGCGGAGGGGCAGAAGCAGGGAACUUGGGCUCCGAGAGCGCUGGCCGUACAACAGAAGUCUCAGAGGCAGAUUUCCUCACCGGGAUCUUUCCCUUCCUGUGAUGGAUAAAGCUUUUGCCAUGGAAAGAGAGCGCAGACGUAGGAGCUUCAUGAUGGAGUGUGAGGAUACAGUGACAUACCAGGACGUGUUGGAUUUCACCAGGGACAGGAAGACCCAGAACUCAAUUCAGGACAACAUGGAGAACUACAGGAAGCUGCUUUCGCUGGGGGUUCAGCUUGCCGAAGAUGAUGGCCACUCCCACAUGACACAAGGCCAUUCACGGUCAAAGAGAAGUGCCUACCCCAGCACCAGUCGAGGCUUGAAAACUAUGCCUGAAGCCAAAAAGUCAACCCAUCGCCGGGGAAUUUGUGAAGAUGAGUCAUCCCACGGGAUGAUCAUGGAAAAAUUCAUCAAGGAUGUUUCAAGAAACUCCAAAUCCGGGAGGGUGAGGGAAUCUAAUGACCGAUUACGGAGGUUCCCCAGAAGGCCAGACCGUGAUUGGAAAGAAGUGUCCUUCAACAGGAGAGAGUCAGUGAUUCAGGAGAGGGGCUAUGGAGGGAAUGCCUUUGGGGGAGGCCUUCAUUGUAACUCAAACCUUGUUUCCAAAAAGAGAGUUCUUGAAAGAAAAAGGCGCUAUCAGUUUGACACAGAUGGGAAGGGCUCCAUUCAGGAUCAGAGAGGCUGUCCACGCAAGAGACCCUUUGAACGUAGUGGAAUGAGAAAAGCCGUGAGCAUGAGCAGCCUUAGCUCCCCCUCCGCCGAGUCACAGCUACUUGAUUUGGGGGCAAUGCCCUAUGUGUGUGAUGAGUGUGGGAGGGCUUUCAGUGUGAUUUCUGAGUUUGUCGAACAUCAGAUCAUGCACACUAGGGAGAAUCUCUAUGAGUAUGGUGAAUCCUUUAUUCGUAGUGUGGCUGUCAGUGAGGUUCGGAAAAGUCUGGCACAAGGGAAAGGCUUUGAGUGUAAGGAGUGUGGGGAAACCUUCGAUAAGAGUUCCUCUCUCGCUGAACAUGGUAAAAUUCACUCUAGACAGUCUCUCACUGAAUGUAAUGAUGAGGAAUAUGAGGAGCCCUUCAUGCCUAGCCCCACUUUCAGUGAGCUUCAGAAAAUAUAUGGGAAAGAUAAAUUCUACCAGUGUAAGGUGUGUAAGGAGACCUUCCUUUAUAGUUCUGCCCUGAUUGAGCACCAGAAGAAAACCCAUGGGAGAGGUGACAAAGAUGAUGAACAGGGGGAUGCCUUUAAGCCCAGCCCAGCCUUUAAUGAGCUUCAUAAAAUGUUUGCUAAAGAGAAAAUGUAUGAAUGUAAGGUGUGUGGGGAGACCUUCCGUCACAGCUUAUCUCUGAAAGAACAUCAGAAGAUUCACACUAGAGCAAACCUGUUUGAAAGCAAGGGUAAAGUAUGUGAGGAAACCUUUAUUCCUGGUCAGUACCUUAAAAGGCAACAGAAGGUUUACUCAAAGGGGAAGCUCUAUGACUUUAAAGAUGGUAGGGGUGCUUUUAGGCCAAGUUCAGACCUCAGUGAGCAUCACAAAGUUUAUUCUCGAAAGAUCCUCUAUGAAAGCAGGGGGUAUGGGAAGUCUGUCAUUCAUAGUGGGCCCUUUACUGAGUCUCGGAAGAGUCACACCAUAACCAGGCCACCUGAAAAUGAGGACGAGAAGCCGUUCACCAUUAGCUCUAACCCUGAUCCUGAUGACAGCCAGAAACUUCCCACUGAAGAAAAUGUCCUUGAGAGGAAAGCAAAUGAGAGGUCUGUUAUCCAUAGCUUAUCCUCAGCUGAAGCUCAGAAGUGUCAUACAGUGGGGUCCAAUAAACCAAAUGUGAUUGCAGAGUCUACCACUCAGAGCUCAGAUGUUACUGAACAGAAUGUCCAUGCUGGAGAGAAGACCGCUGAAGGGAAGAAAAAUGAGAGGUCUGUUAUCCAUAGCUUAGCCACUUUCAAAGUUCCCAAAAGCCCCAGUGGGAAUGAAUGGAAUGAGAAGGGAGAAUCCUCCAUUUACAUCCCAGACCUUCAUGAUAAGCUACAGAAAACUGCCAGGGCCACUCCUACUGAAGAGGGUAAGAACAGCUACAAGGACUCUGUUAUAUGCAGUGCAUCCAGUACCAAACCGCUAAGAAGUCUUGCUGGAGAGGGAGCCAGUGAGUCUAAGAAGGAUGGCCAAUCAUCUGUUUCCACCUCAAAUGCCCCUGAACAUCAGAAGGCCCGUGCUAAGAAGAAAAACAUUGAGCGCAGGAAUUGCGAGACCUCAGUGAUUCACUCCCUACGCUUUGGUGAACCUCAGACAUUUCGCCCUAGAGAGAAAUUCUAUGAAUGUCCAGAGUGUGGAGAGUCCUUUGUUCGUAGCUCUGACCUCACUGAGCAUCAGAAGAUUCACCACAGAAAGAAGCCUUUUGGAAGCAAAAACUACGAACUAUCUGUUAUUCGCAGCUUAGCCUCCACUGACCCUCAUACAAGCUACACUGAGCAGCCAGCACAGGCGAGUUAUGCUCAAGAGCCAGAGGGGAUGACUUGCAUUCAACAGCCAGUGCAGAUGAGUUUUGUUGAGGAGCUAAUGCAGAUGAGUUACGUUGAAGAGCCAGCACAGACGAGUUACGCUCAAGAGCCAGUGGGGAUGACUUGCAUUCAAGAGCCAGCGCACACAAGUUAUGCUAAAGAGCCAGUGAAGAUGACUUGCAUUCAAGAGCCAGAGGGGAUGACUUGCAUUCAACAGCCAGUGCAUUCGAGUUUUAUUGAUGAGCUAGUGCAGAUGAGUUAUGUUGAAGAGCCAGUGCAGAGGAAUUACUCUCAAGAGACAGUGGGGAUGACUUGUUUUCAACAGCCAGCUCAGACAAGUUACGCUCAACAGCCAACCCGAACAAGUAACGCUCAACAGCCAGCCCGCACAAGUAACGCUCAACAGCCAGCCCAGACAAGUAACGCUCAACAGCCAGCCCAGACUAGUUACGCUCAACAGCCAGCCCAGACUAGUUACGCUCAACAGCCAGCCCAGACAAGUUACGCUCAACAGCCAGCCCAGACUAGUUACGCUCAACAGCCAGCCCAGACUAGUUACGCUCAACAGCCAGCUCAGACAAGUUAUGCUCAACAGCCAGUGCAGCAAGAAUGUAAGGACUGUGGGCAAUGCUUUGCUACCAUUGAAGACCUUGGUGCACAUCAGAAAAUCUAUAUCCAAGAUGAGUUCCAUGGGAGCUCUGUUAUUCAGGGUGCAGGCCUUGACAGGCCUGAGCAGGAAGAGCCUGAGCAAGAUGAGGCGGAUUCUGAGGAGGAUGCUGAGGACUCAAUCUAUGGCUGUAAGGACUGUGGUCUGGGCUUUGCCGAUCGAGCAGACCUUAAGGAUCAUCAGAAAGUUCAUGGCAGAGAGUAUCUCAUCGACACUCGUGAGUACACACAUUCUGUAAUUCACACCCAUUCCAUCAGCGAAUAUCAGAGAGAUAACACUGGAGAGCAGCUCUUUGAAUGCCCAGCCUGUGGGGAAUCUUUUGUUCAUAGCUCAUUCCUUUUUGAGCAUCAGAAAGUCCAUGAGCAAGAUCCAUAUUAUGGCCAUCGGAGGUAUGAUGAGCCUUUUAUGCAUCCUUUUGUCAUUAACCCACAGAGAUUUCACGCCCCACAGAAGAAUCCUUCUACAGGGAUGUAUCUUCAGUGCCAUCUGUGCGGACAAGACUUCAUUCAUGGUUCUGUCUUUAAUGAGCAUCUGGCACUUCACAUGAGAGAAGAUUCACUGGAACAGGGCCAGAGAAGUGGGGGCGCUGUCAGCGCAGGCUUAGCCCUCACUGAGUUGCAGAGAAGUCAGACGGAAGAGAAGCACUAUGAAUGUGAAGCUUGUGGCGAGUCCUUCCUCACUCCCUCAGACCUGAGGGACCACAUGAGGAUUCAUGAGAAGGAUGAUGAGCCCUACGAUUAUGGGGCUUCCUUUGUUCACACCUCAUUUCUUACUGAGCCCCCCAAAGGAGAUUCUCCUUUCUUUGAGUGCAAGGACUGUGGGAAGUCCUUCAUUCAUAACACAGUUCUCACUAAGCAUCAGAAGUUUCACGUUGAAGAGGAAGAGGCAGCAGCCCAGGAAGUUGAAGCCAAUGUUCUUGUUCCACGAGAGGUUCUGCGAAUCCAGGGGUCAAAUGUAGAGGCUGCUGAGCCGGAGGUGGAGGCCGCAGAGCCGGAGGUGGAGGCUGCUGAGCCCAACGUGGAGGCCGCUGAGCCCAAUGGAGAGGCUGAAGGGCCAGAUGGGGAGGCCGCAGAGCCAAAUGGGGAGGCCGAACAGCCCAACGGGGAGGCUGAACAGCCCAAUGGGGAUGCUGAUGAGCCAGACGGUGCAGGGAUUGAAGACCCUGAAGAAAGAGCUGAAGAGCCAGAGGGAAAGGCUGAAGAGCCAGAGGGAGAUGCUGACGAGCCUGAUGGUGCAGGGAUCGAAGACCCUGAGGAAGAGGGAGAUGAGCAUGAGAUUCAGGUUGAAGAGCCGUACUAUGACUGCAGGGAGUGCGGAGAAACCUUCACUGCCAACUCAGCCUACGGGGAGCACCUGAAGACCCAUGCCAGGGUAAUAAUAUUUGAGCCUGGAAAUGUGUAUGGGGAAAGCUCACACUACACUGGACAUGCCAGCACCAGCACUAGUGACGACGACAGGGCCGACGACAAGUACUUCAAGUGUGAUGUCUGUGGGCAGCUCUUCAGUGACCGCCUGUCCCUCGCUAGACACCAGAAUACCCAUACUGGCUGAGAACACAAGUGUAAAGGUUGGAACCUGACCCUCCCAGAGAAUUCAUGCCAAUCCAUAAUAAUGUCAGAAGGAAACUUACCUUGGCAUAUACAUACUGACUUUUAACCUGAGACAAUUUGGACUGGAAAGGAACAAGGUGGUGGAGGUUCCGUCGGUCUUAACUCCCCCAUCGUGCACCAGUGUGCGUGCGGGGAAGCCACAGCACAUCCUUCCCUUUCACCCCAGGAAUCCGAUCGAGUAAUCCUAUCGAGGGAAAGCCCCAGGGGAUCCUGAGAUGGCAGAAUAGCCCCAGCCACCUGUAAGGGACACUUCAGUAACCUAUAGAUAAUUUUCCUGAGAUGUAUGUAAACUAGCAAAGCAUAGCAGACAGUAAUCACACACACUUAGAUUUAAUGAUGCAUAGUCACAGUUUACUGUACCUUCUUGGUACACUUUUGACUUUUUUUUUUGGAAGAGAAUAUGAGCACCAAAUUAGAAUAUAUUUGUAAGCAGUGUAGGUCCUGUAAAAGAUUUAUUGUGCAUUAUUUUAAUCCCUUUGGCAUCUUUUUGAGUAACUGUGUGUUGUCCCUGACUCUUAAAUAUCCCUGUAAAGGUGUGGGCAUGGAAGAUAAAGUGUCUCCUACUCUGCUGUUUGGAAAGAGAAGUUCUUUGAGCUUCCUUUUCAGUGUCUUGUCUACACCAACACUUUGGAGCCUAAGGCUGUAUAAGCCUCUUCAAUAUGUGGAUUGACCUUUGUGACCCAAGUUGAUCCGUUGCCAUAUUGCACCUUGCAGUGAUUCUCAUGCAGAAAUAAUACACUUUUUUUGUUGUUUGUUUAACCAACUUAAUGUGUGUUCAGUAGUGAAUUCACAAAAGCUGAAGCUUUUCCCUGUAAAUCUUAUUUCUUUGCCUUUAAAAGAGUGGGUUGCAACCAUCACUAGAUCACGGCAGUGCCUAAUGAAGGUUGAGAACCGCAGGGAGAGGCUCUCAUGUUGUAAAUAAGGGUGCAGGUGACAACUUUCAUCACUUUGUGUGUGUUUCCUGCCUUAAGUAGCAACGUGGCUUCAUUAGUAUGUACUGCCACAAGUAGUUUGCACCUGGGCGCCCAGGAGCUAGUAUCGUUAGAGCUUUCUAUUGCUGAACUUAAUUCUUGUCACCUGACCCUCAACCCCAUGUCUAACUUGCGUUUCAAAAAAAGAAAAGCUUUCUUUACAGUCAACCCAGGCUUAAUAUGGACUCAGGUUCCCCAGCAGCCUUAAUUUGUUUCGUUACCAUCUGUCCUUUCCUCUCAGCUCAGCCCUCCUAAGUAUUUCUGAGCUAUCUGUUAGAGUCGCGUUGGUCUGGUUGCCUCAGUUUUCCAUUAAUUACAGAUCGACCUCAUAGCUUGCGGUUUCCUGUCUUGUUCUGUGGAACACCUGUGCUCCUCUUGCUUCCCCUCCCCUUGCAUAAUGACUAUUGAGACAUUUUCUUUUUACUUUGAGUUGCCUGGAAAAAUAAUUUUAAAAUUAAAAAAAAUUUUAAAAAGUGGAUCUGUAGAAGUGAGCAAAAGAUAAGAACAGAUCAUUUGAGAAAGAAAAUGACAAUAUUGUCUUGGGGAAUGAGCCCAACUCUCACUCUCCUAGAUCUGUGUGGUUAGGACUGGAGGAGAGUGUGUCAGCUGCUGGGAAUGCCAAAGUCCAGGAGGUGGUUGGGCUGAGAGCAUGGAGCAGAAUCAAGUAAGCCAAAGAAAGGAGCCCUAACACAGCAGCAGGCCUAGGAGGGGGAGGAAGCAGACAGUGGGAAACUCCCGGAGUGGAUCGCAAGGCCAGGUCACUGAAAAUAUGUCCUGGGUAGUUUAGAAGGGCCAUUUGGGUGGCAUGGUGUAGGUGAGGGCCAGCUGCAUGGAAAGACCAGAGGUUGGAACAGACAUCCGGGAAAAUGGGGGCAGCGAGGCACUGUAUCUGAGCAGGGCCCGUGAGGAGGGAGCCACUGCUGAUGUUGGGGUGAACUCCGAUUCAUCACUCUUGGCAGCAUCAAUUGGUAGAACCCUCUUGGAAAGCAGCUUGCCAAAUGUCAGGGUGUCUGUUCCAACCUUGUGUUAGUGAAAAAUUAGAAAUGACUUCAAUGCCAAAUGGUAGGAGGAUGAUUAAGUGAGCACCUGUGAUUCCUACGCAGCUGUUUAAAAAUGAUAAUCAUGAAGAAUUAUGUAGUGAUGUGGAAAUAUAUUUACAAAAUAUUAAGUGGAAAAAGCAGGACACAGAAUUAUAUUUAUACUACAAUUAUAGCUGUUUAAAAUGUAGGCUUAUAGUCAGCAGCUGUUGUGGUGGUGUAGGCUUAUAGCUGAGCAUUAUUUUUCUUAAAUUUCUUGAGAUCUUUAUGGUAGUGUUACUAAAAAGUCUAUAGUCAUGUCUCCACUGUGAACAUAAUUUGAACUCAUCAGACACUUGGAAAAUAAAAGUGGAGGAAGAAAAUCCCAUAUUCCCACCAUCCAAAGACAGAAACACUCUUUAGUAUAUUGUUUCUUGUUUCUGUGCACAGGUUUAUGAUUCUAACUGUCAAAAGGUGUAUUCAAAGUUCCUGUUAAUGUUAUCUUUGUGGAAUUACGGUUAAACACCUUCAUCUUAAUGUUUUCUAACGUUCCUUUUUAAUAGUGUUCUGGAAACAAAGUUUAUUAUGUGUGUUUACGUUACAAGCAUAAUACAUACCCAGAGAAAAAAAUUGGAAAGUACAGUAAUUUAGAAAGGAAAAUAAUCACUCAUAUUCCCAAGACCCAACAACUGUGGACAUCUUGGUCUGUUUCCUCCAUCUGUUUCCAUGCACAGCUGGUGGUGAGUGUUGAGUGUGUGCAUCCAGUCUGCAGUGAGGAAAAGUAUGGAAAAUCGUUAAAACUGUGUUGUCGUUGUGGGAUUAUGGUUAAAUAUUUUGUCUCUAAUUCCUUGGAUGAUCUUUGGUGUUUUGGUAUUAAAUCUUAUGUAUGUACUUUCCCAUUACAAAUAUAAUACAUACUCAUAGCAAAAUUUGGGGAAUUCCGAAAAGAAGAAAUUCACCCAUAUUCCCAGCACCUAACAGCUCCUAUUAACACCUGUUUGUACAGCAGUCUGUGAUUGUUGGGGCGUUAAUGAUAAGUAUGCUUAGAGUCAAAGAUGGGGAGAAAUUGGGAAAACAAUUAAGAAAUAGUUGUGUGGUUGUGGGAUUAAGGUUAACUAUUCUGUCUUGGUUUCCUUGAAUGGUCUUUAUCAUAGUGUUUUGGUGACCCACUUCAUUACAUGUGUUUCCAUUGUAAACACAGAACAUGCUCCUUAUAGAAAUUUGGAAGGUGCAGAAAUGUAGAGAAACUCACCCGUAUUUUCAUCACCCAGAGGCUGUGGUUAACAUCUUGAUACAUUGUUUCAUCUUGUUUCUGUGCACAGGUUUUUGGUUAAUAUGGUUGUGGUUGUUAUAUCUAUCUGUAAUAGUGUCAACAAUAAAAAUAAAGUUAAAAAUAAAA